AUGUCGGAUUACCGCCAUAUUCCCGAGGCCAUAUUUCGGUCUGCUGGUGUAGAUCGUAAUAGGUUCUAUGACAAUACUUUCGCUCUUCAAGAAAUGCUUCUAAAAGAGGUUAAGGAUGGUCCCCAACUUAUAUCUGAGGAACCAUCUCGUGAUGCCAGGCUACUCAUUGAAAAUAUGGACGACGAGAGGGAGAAACUUAAUUUAGGAGAGAACCUCUUAGAUUCCUUCGCUCUGAUAUUCGCACAACGAGGGCCUAGAGGGGUUACUGCGACUGCCAUGAAGCGGACAAGUGAAAAUCCGGACGAAUACAAAAUUUUCGUAGCCACGAAUGAUAUUAGAGACCAGUCUGUCAGUAAUCUCGCUGCCAGUAUUGAAAGUUGGUUCAUAGGAGCGAACAGUUACUGGAGAGGUAUCCUCCAGUAUUGUUAUCUUAGUGUCUACGAUAUCUUACAUACGACGUGGAAGGGCGAACAGGAGGACGUCUGGAAAAAUCUCCAAGAAGCUAAGGGGCGGAUCAAAAAGCCGGGUGGAUCCCCAGAUCGUACCCGCGAAUCCGGGGCAGCUACAGAUAUUUUACAAAAAGUCAUAGAGCAUUUGGCGACGCACUUUUCUACUGAGUCAGAUGGCAAUGCCAACGACCUAACUUCAAACUCGGAGGAAAUUGAUCCUAACCGCAGUUCUCAACGUCGCGCUAAUACAGGAUCCAUACCGUUGCAAUUUCUAGAUACUAUUACAGGAUUAUGCUUCCAGUUGAUAGGACUAUAUGAACCAGAAAUGGGGAAUAUAGUUAGAAAUUGCGCAAAGGAUUCAGAUCCGCCUUUCUCCGCGAAGGUACGUGAGGAUUGGAGAGGGAUGCGACUAAGAAGGCCGUGGUGGGAUGAGCUAAAGGAGCUUAUAUACAGGCUUGCAAAUUAUCGUCGAGCGUGGUAUGAUAUAGUUCGGUUCAAGCGUCAUCACAGGGGGGAAGCUUUGAGGAUACUGUACGUAUCUAAUAUAGGCGCUAUGAAUGCAGCUAUCCUACCGGAGACUACUGAAGAGCUGCAGGUAGAUCGCGAGGGGGUUUAUCCCGCUGAACCGUCUCGCCACGACAUGGAGCCUUCAAGAUCUCGAAGCACACCCAUGCUACACUGUGAGAUGAAAAUACUUGAUCUCAUCCUUAGCGACAGACAGAAAGGGGCGUUUUUCAACUAUAUUGGAUGUAACGAGGGGCCUUGCUGGCUUUGCUACCAUACUUUUAAGUAUAUGACGUCCAGGUUUAAAACGAGGAAAUCUCAUUUGAAAGUAUAUAGUUGGAUACCUCCGGAGUUCCAAGGAAGCCACGAACGUCAGGACCAGUUUGCUCAAGUGUUGAGGUUUUUAUAUGAGCGGACAGAGGAGCUGGCAACGGUACUAGAAAGAGCCGAACCUCGGAAGGUUACAUCAGAUUGCCCUGAUUUGGCCGUGGUUUUUAAGUCUCCGAUGACUGGAUCGAUGCUUCACCUCGAAUCUGUGGAUGGCGAUAAGCGUGGGAGUUGAUAAUGGGAUGCUUUACUGAUGUACUACUAAUGAGGCUCGGAUAACACGAUAUUUUGGAUAUCCAACCAAGC